AUGUGUGUCAGGUUUAGAGCAUCUAAUGCUGACUAUUGGGACUCGGGUUGGUCACGAGGGCAUCUAUCUAUGGCUGGGGCCCAUAAAGAUGACCAGAAUGCUCAGAAUGACACCUUCCUCUUGAGUGGCAAUAUCGUACCUCAAGACCUUAGUAUGAACGGCUCGGAUUGGCUUCGACUUGAAUAUUUGACAUUGGACUUGGCAAGGGAGCAUGGACCGGACUCUAAUGAUGUCGUUUAUGUGGUCUCUGGUCCGUUGUGGAUGGCAGACUCGCCUGAUGAGAAGCUCACCAAGGAGAUUGGUGCCAAACCCCAUACUAAGGUCCUCAACGAUGGUAGUAAUGGUAAGCCGAAGCGUUAUGUUGUAAAGUAUGAGGUCAUUGGUGACAAUGAACUGGCCGUCCCCACCCACAUGUUCAAGGUUGUUUAUGACACCAAGACUAACUCUUCAGCGGCAUUCAUCAUGCCGAACACGGCCAUUAGAUAUGAGAAAAACCUAAAGCAAUAUCAAGUGCCAAUCGAGAGGGUAGAGAAAGCUACUGGACUUGACUUGUCUGCUAUGAAGAAGGGCACCGAUCUGUGCGGUCCUGAAAGCCGUUGUGUUAUGAAGGGUGGUAGACGGAUAAAUUCGUGGAGGAUCUACGGCAGCAUUCGGGCAAGUGCCAAAGAGAAGGAGACUUUCGUGAGGAGGGUCAAGCGAGCGAUAAAUCAUAAUUAUCUGACUGAUGAUAACUUCCUUUUGACGAAGAUGAUUAGGGAGGAGAUGGUUGCCCACCAAGGUGUCACCGACCCGGUGGAGUUACUCGGACCAGGAGAAUAUGCUGAUAAACUACAGGAGGCUUUCGAUAGACUAGACGCUCGAGAUGCCGAGAGGAAGAAGAAGACUAUGAAGGAGUCUGCUUAA